AUUAUCUUAGUUACGGGAAGUAAAACUCUCAUUUCCUCUUCCUAGAGAAGGCUGGGAAUAGGGUUGAGCAACUAGAACUGGUAUAACCCAGUUGGACUUGGAGUGAAGCAGUUCUACCAUGAGGCUGGCUAUGCUUUUUCUGGCCUUGCUGGGGCUACUAGCCCAAGGAAAAGGGAAGGACUGUCCUCACAGAAAGGCGGCUACUCUCCUGCCAUCCUUCACGGUGACAUCUACAGCUAGUUCUACUACGAGCCAGAGGCCCACCACCACCAGUCAAGGAAAUAGCACAGCUCAUACAACAAGCAACACCACUGCUACCAGCCCUGGACCUACAACUGCCACUCAAAACCCAGCUACCACCACCAGUCAUGGGAAUGCCACAGUUUAUCCCACCACAAGCAAUGGCACUGCUACUAGCCCAGGAUUCUCCACCAUUGCUCCCCACCCAGGGCCACCUCCACCCUCUCCAAGUCCCAGCCCUGGCUCCAAGGGGGCUGUAGGAAACUACACGUGGACUAAUGCUUCCCAGCCCUGUGCCCAGCUGCAAGCCCAGAUUCAAAUUCGAAUCCUGUACCCAACUCAGGGUGGAGGAAAGGCGUGGGGCAUCUCUGUACUGAACCCCAACAAAACCAAGGUCCAAGGGGGCUGUGAGGGUGCCUAUCCCCACCUGCAUCUCUCAUUCCCUUAUGGACAGCUCACCUUUGGAUUCAAGCAGGAUCUGGAACAAAGCCAGAGUGUAGUCUAUCUCAACUACCUGGCAGUGGAAUACAAUGUGUCCUUCCCACAGGCAACACAGUGGACGUUCUUGGCUCAGAAUUCAUCCCUUCGAGAUCUCCAAGCUCCCCUAGGCCAGAGCUUCAGUUGCAGAAAUUCAAGCAUAGUUCUUUCUCCAGCUAUUCACCUUGACCUGCUCUCCCUGAGACUACAGGCUUCUCAGUUGCCCCACACAGGAGUCUUUGGGCCAAGUUUCUCUUGCACCAAUGACCAGUCCUUCUGGCUGCCUCUCAUCAUUGGCCUGGUCCUCCUUGGCCUCCUCACCCUGGUGCUCAUCGCCUUCUGCAUUGCCCGGAGACGACAAUCAGCCUACCAGCCCCUCUGAGUAUUUGCUCCAACACAACCUGUGAGGCACUCUGGUCUCUCCAUUGUGCAACUGGCUCAAAGAACAAAGUUGUCUUCUUUCCCUGUCUUUAAGAGCAAACUAGAGAUUUUUGUAAUGAAAUUUUUAUUUAACAUGAAAUGUUUCCCCCUCCUCUUCAUGAAGUGUAUUAAAGCUUACUGAAAUCUUUCCUGAUUUCCCUUGUCCUGCCAGGAUUAAAAGUCAUGAGUUUCUUA